AUGGCUGUCGGCUUGAGACCUGAUCAAAUGACCUACAGUGAGGAUGCAGACACAAAGAUCUCUCAGCAUGAUUCAGGUACAGAAAACAAGAAGAAGGCAUGGAUUUCCAUAUUGAAUCAAUUCAACUCAAAUGAAAAAGUAACCAAACGGACACUCCAACAAGUUCAGGUCCUGUGGAAAAACAUAAAAAUAAACCUGAAAAAAACAACUGCUGCUACGCGUCAAGAGCGUUUCAAGACAGGCGGGGGACUCCCAGUUCCACCAGACACAAAGGAGUUGGGGGACUUGUUGGCUGGGAUUAUUGAAAGUCAGCAACCCCUGGAAGGUAUUCCAGAUGAUGACCAUUUGGACAGUUCAGAUGACCUGAUCUUGACACAGGACUUGGGGGGCGCAGGGAACAGUCAAGAUGCUCAAAUGAAUCCAGCAGCAGCCAGCACCAACAUGCAGCAGCAUCCAGUCUCCUGCAGUAGCAGUAGUCAGCAUCCAGCAGUCUCUAAUCCAGGCAGCAGGUCAAGAGGGAAAAGGAUGACCAUUCAUGAGAAACUUGCCAUAGAGUUCCAUGAACGUAAAUUACAAUAUUUAAAAGAAGAACAUGAAGUCAAAAUGAAAAUCCUUCAUCUUGAGUUGUCUAUGAAAGAGAGAGACAUGAAGCAGCAGCAGUGUCAACUGACUUUGGAACAAAAUCUCAGUUAAAUAAAUAAUUUCAUGAAUUUUUUUUACCUGUCUAUGCCAAUCAUUUAUGUAUCACUCAAGGCUCAUUUAUGAGAAGUGCUGCAAAGCAAAAGCAUCUCUGUA